AUGCCUUAUGUUAAAGACAGCUCCUCCUCGGGAGCAUCUGAUUCCGAAUUCACUCCCCAGGUGCUUUACAACAGCCAGCGAGUCGUAAACGACUGGGAGUAUGCUGGGGGCGAUGGAGCUACAAGGAACGAGCCGCCUUUGAGCGAGCAAUUGGAACCUAUUGCAGUCAUCGGAAUGGGAUGUCGGCUUCCAGGGGACGUCACCUCGCCCGCCGAUUUCUGGAAGAUGAUGCUCAACCGGGAGACUGGCCAGACGCCAAAAGUGCCCCCCUCGCGGUUCAAUGUCGACGCACAUUUUCAUGAGAAUAACGACCGCCCUGGUAGUUUUGGUGUGUUAGGUGGCUAUUUCUUGAACGAAACGUUGCAAGAAUUUGAUCCUAGUUUCUUUGGCCUAACUCCAGUGGAGGCGAUGUGGAUGGACCCCCAGCAACGGAAGCUCCUCGAAGUGGUCUAUGAGGCGUUUGAAUCAGCUGGCGUCAGCUUGCAGCAGGUUUCAGGAUCCGAUACCGCCUGCUUUAUGGCAACCUUUACCUCCGACUUCCAACAGAUGUCGUUCAAAGAACAUAGUUUCCGACACAGUCUAGCUGCUACUGGCGUUGAUCCCGGGAUUAUCAGUAACAGGAUCAGUCAUGUCUUCAACCUCCAGGGCCCUAGCAUCGUGGUCAACACUGCCUGUUCUUCGUCUGUAUACGCAAUCCACAACGCUUGCAAUGCACUGCGAACUAAGGAGUGCUCUGCUGCUGUCGUGGGUGGAGUGAACCUUAUCUUGACCGUCGACCAGCACAUGAACACUGCCAAAUUAGGUGUCUUGUCGCCUACAUCCACCUGUCACACUUUUAACGAAUACGCCAGUGGCUAUGGCCGUGCAGAGGGGGUAGGUGCUGUCUACCUGAAACGACUCAGUGAUGCCGUCCGUGAUGGAAACCCAAUCCGAGGGGUUAUCCGAUCCAGUGCAACAAACAACAACGGUAAAGUUUCCGGCGUAGGCAUCACUCACCCCAGCUAUGCCGGUCAAUGUGCCGUUAUUCAGCAUGCCUACCAGCGUGGGGGACCACUGGACCCAGCAUUGACGGGGUAUUUUGAGUGUCAUGGCACUGGAACCGCAAUUGGUGAUCCACUGGAGGUGCGCGCAGUGGCAGAUUCGAUGAAUGACUGGCGGUCGGAAGACGACGAACCGUUGAUGAUUGGCGCUGUAAAGACAAACAUCGGUCAUAGUGAAGCUGCUAGUGGGCUCUCCGCCGUCAUCAAAGCUAUUCUGGCGGUUGAGCGCGGCAUCAUCCCACCUACUCGAGGAGUGACCAAACCGAACUCAAAGAUAGAUUGGAAGGGUUGGAAGGUCAAGGUUCCAACUGAGCCAGUGCCUUUCCCAGCCAAUAUCCCCGUUAGGCGAGUGAGCGUGAAUUCAUUUGGAUAUGGAGGGACGAACGCACAUAUCAUUAUAGAAGCAGCUGACUCCCUGCUUAUGGCGCCGCAACUGUACAGGUAUACUGGUCGCCAUUGUAGGCCCCGAGCCCGCAUAACCAGGAAAGCCCUUGAACGAAACCGGCCAUUUCUAUUACCAUUCUCAGCUCACGAUAAACCGACCUUAAAGCGGAAUAUUGAAGCACAUGGAUCAGUGGUCCAACAGUACAAUCUGCUUGAUCUUUCCCAUACUCUCGCCAAUUGUCGUACGCGCUUCCCUAGUCGGGCAUUCACCGUUACAACGAACGCCCAAAAAGAAGCUACUUUCGAUGGCGACCUGCAGCAAUUCGUAUUCGCAGACAAGAAGAAGGCCGAAGCGCUGGCAUUUGUCUUCACAGGGCAAGGGGCUCAGUGGGCCCGAAUGGGUGCAGAGUUGAUGACAUACUACCCCAGCUUCCUCCAGAGCAUCAAACGUAUGGAUACGGUCCUAGAGGAACUCGAAGAUGCCCCAGAGUGGACGCUGGAGGACGCUCUAUUGGAAGAUGCGAAAACGUCGCGUGUCAACAUGGCCGAAUUUUCGCAACCCCUGUGCACCGCAGUGCAGAUUGCUUUAGUUCAACUGCUGAGACUAUGGGAAAUCACUCCAUCCGUUACGUGUGGGCAUUCAUCUGGUGAAAUAGCGGCUGCAUAUGCCGCUGGACUUAUAUCAGCUGCAGAAGCUAUCGUCCUGGCGUACUACCGCGGUAAAGUCGUGCGUGAUAUCAAUACCAACGGAUCCAUGCUUGCUGUCGGGCUCGGAGCAGAAGCUGUGAGUCCGUAUAUCAAGGAAUACGGUGGGUCUGUGGUUGUGGCAUGUCAUAACUCCCCGAUGGGUGUCACCUUGAGUGGCAACGCCGAAGCUCUCGAAGCCAUACAGGGAAGGCUGACGGCUGAAAAUGUCUUUGCACGACUUGUGAAAACGGGUGGCAAGGCGUACCAUUCCUACCACAUGAAACCAGCAGCAAGCAAAUAUGAGGCAUUAGUCAGGCGCGCUAGGAAAGCUGGAUACUUGGACGGCCCCAAAACCUCUGCGAGAAAUGUGAGGAUGGUCUCGUCUGUUACCAGCACGGUUCUCUCAGAUACCACUGUGCUUGACGAAACGUAUUGGAGUGCAAACCUUUUGAGCCCAGUCCUGUUCACACAGGCUAUUCAUAUCAUCUGCUCGAGCGCUGAAUUCUCCCACAUCGACACACUUAUUGAAGUCGGACCUCACUCAGCACUUGCUGGUCCGAUUCGUCAGACGAAGACCGAGUACGGCUUUGAGAAGCAUCAGUAUCUUCCUUCUCUGGUUCGAAAUGAACAUUCGGCUACCUCGCUGCUGAAGCUGGCGGGGGAGCUGUUACUACGUGAUUAUCCUUUCAAUGUCGAACGUGCGACUGCGAUCGAAGAGGCUUCUCCGAGUGGCAAGAUUUUCUGCUCCAAGGGCAGCCUGAUUGUCGACCUUCCCCCAUACCAAUGGGACAAAUCCAAAAGGCUCUGGGCGGAAGGGCGCGAGAGUCACGAGCACCGACAGGCAAGAUUUAUGCGGCAUGAUAUCUUGGGAUCUUUGGUGCCAGGCUGUUCGCUGGCAGAACCUUCAUGGAGGAACUUUCUUCGUAUUCGUGACCUGCCCUGGCUAAAAGAUCACUCGCUUGGCGGAGAAGCAGUCUUCCCCGCGGCUGGAUACUUUUCAAUGGCAAUGGAAGCCAUCACGCAAAUUACUGAGAGAGCCGUCUUGACGACCUCCAUCGAGGGAUACAUGCUCCGAGAUGUCAGUAUCAAACAAGCGCUUGUCACACCAGAUGAUGAUACUGGCAUUGAGGUUAUGCUCAACAUGCGUCCCUCCACCUAUGCCCCGACCGAGGACCAAAACCUCUGGUGGGACUUCAAUGUUUCUUCCGUUGCUGAGGGCGGACACUUAAAGGAGCAUAUGGCCGGGAGCAUCGCUAUCACCACCCGUCGCUACGGACCCUCCAUGCAAGUUGUCCCUAACCUCCCUCAACGUGCCUCAGGCAAGUCCUGGAAUCGGGCUCUCAAUACUGUUGGUUUCUACUAUGGUCCAACUUUCCAGGAUAUGGAGAACAUCCGUUUUGAUGGCAAGACCUACGCUGCCACCUGCGAUACCCGUGUCAAGACCACUGUAGAAGGGAUGAUAGGGGAAUCACGACAUGUCAUCCACCCUGCCUCUGUUGAUUCUUGCCUACAGCUUUUAAUUGUGGCUAACUGGGCUGGCCGCAGCACCAUGAUGACGUCGGGUGCUGUGCCUAUCCAAGUGGACGAAGUCACGAUCUGGCAGCCUACUGCCGAGCAAGUCGAUGGCGGGAAAGCGACCGCGUUUUCAUGGAUCUCCCCCCGCGGGGUCCGAGCUUUCAAUGGCCAUAGCGAGCUAAAAGCUGACGACGGCGAGCUUCUCAUGCAGAUAAAAAACAUGAGAUGCAUGGCGUACGAAGCUGCCGUACCCCAGCAAGCUGGCGAGCCGGCAAAGCCUCAACCAUAUGGGGAGAUGGUAUGGAAACUAGAUGUUGACUCCUUACGUGGAAAGGUCGAUUUAGAUAUUGCUUCCUUUGCAGAACUGGUCUAUUUCAAGAAACCAGGUUCGAGGAUUCUAAUUUCAGGAGAAGAAACUGUGGAAGCUGUGCUGGCCAAGUUACCCUCAGCAUCCACGGUAACUGCAGUGGCGCCUACAACUGAGCUCGUUGAUCAUAUGUCAACAAGGUUUAAGGGUGUCAAAGGCUUGACUAUACAAAAAUGGGACCUCUUCGAGGACUUGGAAAGUCAAUCGAUAAAGGAGGGAUCCUACGAUCUGCUGAUUGCGCCCAACGAUUGGCAUGGCAAUAUCCAUAUAGUACAAAGGCUUCUUGCUCCAGGCGGGAAGGCCGUUCUUGACGUUGAUGGAAUACCUGCCGGUAGAUACCCAGAACUUAAUAUUCCUAGCACAUGCAUCUCCUUAGGAAACGGCUCAACAAUUGUCUUGCCUGGCAAAGAUGCGACACCCAAUGGUACGAGCCAUGCUAAUGGCGCCUCUUCUCACACAGUCCAUCUGGUGUAUCGCGAAAAGCUCUCGGAUAUUAUGAAUGGGGUUCGCAUUAUGUUGGAAGACCGUCGGUGUCACACCAUAACAAGUAGCAUUGUUGACUAUGUUGAUGCAGGUGGUGUCGUUCUUGUGCUCGCUGACCUCGAGGGACCGCUCCUUCAAAAUAUCACUGAACAGGAGUUUCACGGGCUGCAACGAAUCACAAACACGGCUAAGGAUCUCCUUUGGAUUACUGCAGGUGGUCUUCUGGCGGGCAAAAAUGCAGAGAGCGCCAUGGCAUCGGGCUUGAUCCGAUCUCUCACCUCCGAACAAGUUUCUCUAAAUGCGACGCUGAUCGACUUUGACAUGGAAACGACGUCGAACGAUGACCUCUUCCGCAUUUUGGGACAGAAGGUUAUGGACCAAAUCCAUAGCCCACGGUCAGUUGAUAAUGAAUACUGUGUUUCCCGAGGCGAAAUUUUCAUUAGCCGACUUGUUCCUAGCGACAUCAUUAACAACACGUAUUCGCUCGAUGAGAUGAAACCGCGGUCGACGAUCUUUGACCCGCAAUUUCCCAUAGUUGGAAAGUUACAGUCUGGAAGAAUAUAUUUCGAGAUGGAUAGCCGGGCUGAGGAUCCUCUUGAUUCUGAAUUGGUCGAAGUCCGCGUGCUGUCGACUGGGUUGAACAAGGAGGAUGCAGUUAUCAUCUCAGGAGCAGAUUUUCCAACUGAAUUCAGCCAUGAGAUAGGCGGUACUGUGAUCAGAGCUGGGGCUGCAGCAACCGGAUUUAAUGCAGGUGACAAGGUCGUUGGAUUCAGCUUCGACAAGUUUGCCACGGUACAGCGAGUUCAUCAAAGUCUUUUACAGAAGCUCGAUCCGGGAGAGUCUCUACCGGAGAUGACUGGCCUUCCCAUGGCUUACGGAGCAGCUUUAUACGGUCUGCAAACACUUGCACACCUUCAAGCGGGUGAGGUGGUCCUUGUUUUGGCGGGGACUGGAUUAGCUGGGGCUGCUGCCGUGCACAUCACCCAGGCCGCGGGUGGCUAUCCAUAUGUGAUCGUCGAUGGCCCGGCACAGGCGGACUAUGUACGAUCCCACUUUAAGCUUGACGCUAAUCAGGUUCUCGUUGGUUCGGAGGUCUCCAGACUCCGACAUGCGAAUGGUGAUUAUAAGGCUGAUAUCAUCUUUUCAUCUGGUUGGGUGGCUGCAUCUGUGGCACGAGAAGCCUGGAGAUAUAUCGCACCUUUUGGUCGCUUCAUCAACUGCGGUCGGAAGGAUGUCCUCUCCCGCAGCACACUUGACACCGUUCCACUUCACCGUGGUGCGCAGUACCUUUCCUAUGAUCUGUUGGAGCUCCACGAGCACAAGCCGCAGGCCAUGGCACAGCUACUCGCAGAGACUAUCAAUCUCUACCGACAGGGCAGCAUCUCUGCACCGUCACCCCUAUGUCAGAAGAAUAUAGCCAAUUUGGAUGAAGCAAUUGCAUCAUUCUCAGACGGCUUCGAGGCCGGAAAGACCAUCAUUAUGCAUGAAACAUCGGAAAGGACGGUGAACCUUCUUCCUCCCCGGCCUCGCCUGAGACUGCGCGCCGAUGUCACAUACUUCCUCGUUGGAUGCCUUGGAGGAUUAGGUCGGAGCUUGACCUCGUGGAUGAUGAAGAAGGGAGCCCGCAACUUUGCAUUUCUGUCCCGCUCUGGAGCCGACUCCAGACAGGCUUCCCACCUUGUAGACGAGCUGAAGGAUGCAGGAGCCACGGUGCAGGUCUUCCGAGGAGACGCUGGCGUCAAAGCGGAAGUGGAGGCAGCCCUUAGUGGUAUUCCCGAAGACCGUCCUGUCCGUGGAGUUAUUAAUGCUGCCAUGGUGCUGAAAGAUGGGCUGUUUCACAACAUGCCAUACGAAAACUGGACAACCUCCAUCCACCCAAAGGUAUCCGGCACGAGCAACCUACACCAGGUCCUGAAAGACACCCUUCUGGACUUCUUUGUAACCAUCAGCUCCGUGUCCGGUAUCCUGGGGACGCCCGGUCAGAGCAACUAUGCCGCGGCAAACACCUAUUUGGACUCACUUGCACGACACCGUUGCGCACUCCAGAAGAGCUCGGUGUCUAUUAUCCUACCGAUGAUUCUAGGCAUUGGUGUUGUCGCAGAGAAUGUGGAGCUGGAAGAUUCGCUGAAGCGAAAAGGCAUGUAUGGCAUCGACGAAGAUGGUGUAUUGAAUGCAUUCGAGAUCGCCAUCAUCGAGCAGGGACGUGGUGGCAUCUCGGAUCAUCUAGUAGUGGGCUUAGAUCCAACAGAGCUCGUAAAAGCGGCUCAGGAGGCAGGAGACGAUGUUGAACCCUUCUGGACAUCAGAUGUCCGGUUCAGUCAUACCGUCCAUGCUAUGAAAUCACGAAGCAACGAUGCGUCCGCAGGCGGUAGCCAGAGCAUUCUGACAUUGCUACAGGACCUAUCAGCCCGUGAAGCGGUUGAUGCCGUACGGCAACAUUUUGUUGCCAAGCUGGCUCGCAUGCUCAUGUUGAAUCCAGAGGAUUUCGAGGAAGAGGGCCGCUCUGUGGCGAGUUAUGGAAUUGAUAGUAUGAUUGGUGCGGAGUUACGCAAUUGGAUUUUCAAGGAGCUGGCGCUUGACAUAUCAUUCCAGCAGCUGUUGGGUCCGACAUUGACGAUCUCGAAAUUUUCGGAACAGGUGUGUGCGAAGCAUGGGAUGGAAGUUGUGUAG